CACAAUUAAUCCAACCACUGAAAUACGGGAAUAACAUUUGGGCGACCAAUCGACAAGAUGCACGCCACAGACGGUCCGGCCCUGAAUGCGGACGAGAUCGAUGACUGCCUGUACCUCGCCAGAGUCAACGAAGAAGCCGAGUUGAACCAGUUUCUCGCCGAGCUUGCGCAGAAAUAUAAUUGCAAAGUUCAACACAUCGUGCUGGCUGCGAAAGACCCCGAGUCCGGGAACACGAUCCUGCAUUAUGUCUCGGCGAACGGAUUUCUCGACCUUCUGAAAGGACUGCUGGUGCAUCUGGAUCAGCAGACUGGGGAUAGCAACUCGGCCGACUCGACCAAGCCGCCAGUGCCGGGCGUCAACGCCGCCAACAAAGAAGGCAACACCCCGUUGCAUUGGGCCAGUCUGAAUGGACACUUGGACUCCGUGAAAUUGCUCGUGCAGUCCGGUGCUGACGUGUCUGUGCACAACGCAGCGGGACAUUCUGCAGCAUUCGAAGCGGAGCGCGCUGGGAAGGGCUUGGUUGUGGAGUACUUAAUGGAGGCUGGUGGGCUGGAGAUGGACUUGGGAGAUCUUGCGGAGACUGAAAAUGGAGAUGGGAAUGAUGAUGGGGCCGAGGAUGGACUGAAUGGUGGUGGUGAUGAGGAAGUGAAUGGACUGGCACCUUCUGACUGAGUCGGGGCCCAUCAUGAUUUGACUCGCGUGAUACGAGUUCCUGAAACGGAAUGCGUCCAAGCACUCGUGAGAUACAACAACGCACAGCGUACCGCGGCUCCGUCAAUACAGAUCGCCCCAGUGCGUCCAUCACUGCCGUCGGCUGGAGAUUGGCCGCUACGUCGUCCGUAUUCGGAACUUCGGCAAGCCUAAAGCUGGCGACGACAUCGUCCUGCAGACAGCAUUGACUGCGCUCACUGCUGGAAUAAUCUGCAAGGGGCUUGGAGGUAUCAGAAGCUCUGCUCAUGUGGAAAUAUCGUUGGUAUCGUAGCUCAAGUCUAUACG